AUGAAAUUAGCAGAAGCAUUAAAUUUGAAAAAAAACUUAGAAAGAGAUGCUGAUAAAGUUGAAUCAUUAAUUUUGAAAUGUUGUCUAGCUCAAAACGGUGAAACUCCUCCAUUUGAUCCGAAUGAAUUAUUUAAACAAUAUGAAGAAAUUGAUAAAUUAAUUGUUGAUAUAAGUAUUAAAAUCCAACGAUCAAACAAUCAAAUAAAGUUUACUUAUGAUGAUAAAGAUAUUACAGCACCUCUUCGAUCAAUGACACAAGCUAUUGCUGAUAUUGAUGAUUUAAAAAGACAAAUUGAGUUGAUAAAUGAUAUAAUUAGUAAUGGCAUUGUUACUAAACUGUAUUCAGCCAAAAAGAUUGCUGAAGAGUCAAAUGUUGAUGUGGUUGCCUAUUAUAAGACAAGACGUCAUUUGUAUGAGAGAUUAGAUAAAUUAAAACUUCGUGUUCAAUCUGCAAAUUGGGAAUUUGAUCUAAUUGAUUAA